GUGAGAAUGUCAAAUAUUUACUGGAGACAGAGACCAAGGUAAGUACUUCAUUCGCAUCUCUACCUGAAAAUAAGCUCCCAUCCACAUCUUUAGAAAAUUUUUCAAAAACCAAGAUACAGCUGGCUGACUACGCCUUGGCCAGUGAUAGUGGACUACGUCUUCCCUCGCAGAAUGAGAAAACUUCUUUGGCUGUCGAUGAAUUUUGGAGGAUGAUUGAUAAAAAACGAUACCAUGACGAAAUCGAACUUGAAGAGCUGGAGUAUACAAAACGUGCAUUAAAAGAAACGAACAACGAAACACACUGCAUACGUGCUAUAACAACCAAUAAAACGAUUAGAAGGCUAAGACAUGGAUCAGGAGAUCAAGCCGAGGAAUCUGGAAGCCAAGAUCCAGAAGAGUCCGAUGAUGACUUCCAACCGGCAACUACUCGACAAAAGCCGAAAAAACAGCCCCCGCUUUCAAAAAAGGUCAAACCCACCAACAGGAAUGAUCAAGCCGAAAGAUCUACGAGUUCUGAUCUUUCAAAAUCACAUCUAAAGGCUAGACCUAGCGAAGUUAGUAGUCCAGAGUAUAAUAGACCAAAUACUCCGCCUCAUCAAAUUGUUAGGAAUACAUACAACCAAGAAAUUUCGAUCAAUGAAAAUAUUUUAAUAAUGUCUGCUGAAAACUUAGCGAGUCUAGAUGAAUCUAAGGGGACAACUGAGAAUGGGUCAAAAAAAAGUGUAUCCGAUUGGAUCCUUGUUACAAAGGAGUUGAAUAUUAUAAAAAAGGAUGAUACUGAGGAGAUGAAAAAACUUAAGGAUUAUUUAAACCGAGUUAUGCUUCCAUUAAUUGAGUCAUUCGCAAAACCUAUUCCCGAUGUUAAUGCAUCUGAUAUUAAUGAACACCAUUACUGGGCUGAAUUUGGUCAUCGUUUCUUUUCAAGAGCAUUACAAGAAUUUGUAGAUCUUGAUUGGAGGGUCAUGGAAGCCCCUGUACUGGCUUCGAAAUAUAGAAAAAAUUAUGGACAUGAUCAUGCUAUAGACAAAGUAGUGGAUGGAAAAAAUGCGGAUUUGCUGGCAAGGAUAUGGGGAACUGGUGAAGAAAUCUUUGUCGGGGAACAAGCUGGGCCACCUAAUAAACCUGACCUCACAAAGUUAGCAACGGAUUCAUUCAAGUUGUAUCGAGAAAUGCGGGAUUGUCUAAAUGUUAGGAUCUUACGAGCUAUGGGAAAAGGUGAUGUAAAUUACAAUGACCGUAUGGUCUUUGGAAUACUUGGUUAUCUUUAUGAAAUCAAAAUGCUUAUAAUGUGGAAAGAUGGAGUAUAUGUAUAUGAGGAAUUUGGAAGUUUAAACAUUGCUUCUAUUCCGGAUCACAUUCCUAUGAUGAAAGCAGAUAUGUUAAAAUUGCUAGAAUUUAUG